AUAACGAACUAUGGAGGCUGUUGGAGGCAUCGUAUUGACCGAAGACCAAUUAAAUGAGAUACGCGAUGCAUUUAGGGUUUUCGAUCAAAAUAACACGGGCAAAAUUACGGGCAAGCAAAUGGGCAUUGCGAUGCGCUCGCUUGGAUACUGUCCCACAGAGGCGGAGCUGUACGAUCUGAUCGAUGAGAUUGAUCUCGAUGGUGAUGGUGAGAUAGACUUUUUUGAGUUUCAACAAAUGAUAGCGAAACGCAUGGAUGGCCUUUCCAAGGAGGAGAAUCUAAUGGCAAUAUUCAAGCUGUUCGAUCGCGAUGAGGAUGGCAUUAUAGCGCCCAUCGAGAUGCGUAAUGUUAUGUUCAAUCUAGGUGAACGAUGCACCGACGAGGAGUUCAACGAUAUGAUGAAGGAAAUCGAUGCCGACAACGAUGGCAAAAUAACCUUUCAAGACUUUGUUAAUGGCGUUAAGAACUAACAGCAAGCAUAUGCAAUUGCUCAGCCUAUUAAUCAGUUCUCAGUUCUCAACAAUAUAGUUAAAUACACACC